AUGAUUUACUACGAGCUGCCAGACAAGACGGAAAGUACACGGGAGAAUCCCCUUCGGACUAGUGGACAGGCUGUCAAUCUGGCCGCCUUCCGUCGUAGUUGA